CGUUUGAGUUGUGUAGACGUUUACGUAUUUGUUUCGCGUCUUCACAUAAAUAACAAUUACAAGCAGUCGCAAAUAGCUUUUGAAAAACCAAAAAGUUAACUUUUAUCUAAAAAUUCUUUGAGGAAAUAUAGAUUUAACUUUCUAAACGUUUAUUUAAUAAAUUCAAAAAGUUUGAAAAUUCUUAUAUAAUAAGAAUCUGAAUUAAGAAAAUAGCAAAAUAAACAAACAUAAUCGAUUCGAAUGCAUUUGAGCGUAUGUAAAAACUAAAAGAAUUAUUUGUAUAGGAAUAAGGGUGCGCAAUUAUUGAAUGACACUGAUUUUGUAUAAAUUAGAAAAAUGUAUAAUGUAUAAAUAAAAAAGUGAUAUUUUAUAUAAUAUUGUGAAUUGUGGAGAAUAAAAGCAAUUACAACAAAAUCAAUACACAUUUUGUCAAAUAAACCGCUAAAUUGGCUUCACAAAGUUCCAUACUCGAUAUUUACAUCAUGGCCUGGGAGCAUGGCAGCUCUCCGGUCGAUUGGUGUGAAGGAAAUUACCUGAUAUCUUCAAAUAUAGCAGAGUUUGUCAAUACGACAAGCAAUUUUCUAUUUCUGCUCCUGCCACCACUUUUGAUAUAUUUAUUUAAGGAGUAUGGACGAUUUGUUACACCUGGUAUACACGUUCUUUGGGUUCUGCUCAUAAUUGUCGGUUUAAGCUCAAUGUACUUCCAUGCAACGCUCAGUUUAAUUGGUCAAUUACUCGAUGAACUGGCUAUUUUAUGGGUCUUUAUGGCCGCAUAUUCCUUAUUCUUCCCGAAAAAGUAUUAUCCAAAAGUCUUCCGUAAUGACCGUAAAGCAUUCAGCGUGUUUAUGUUUUUUUCGGCGAUUUUCGCGACGGGCAUGUCAAUUUGGAAGCCAAUUGUGAAUGCCUUUGUUCUCAUGGGCAUGGGUGUGCCAACAAUGGUAAUGAUGUAUCGGGAACUACAGAGAGUUCGAGAUCAGCGCGUCUAUCGACUGGGCUUGCGUUGUACAGCCGUCUGGCUGGUGGCGGUGUUCUGUUGGAUCAACGACCGCAUGUUCUGCGAUGCUUGGUCAGCUAUUAAUUUUCCAUAUCUACAUGGUUUUUGGCAUGUCUUCAUAUUCAUCGCUGCAUAUACGGUUUUAGUUUUGUACGCAUAUUUCUAUGUCGAAACGGAGCUGCCACAACGGCAGCCGCUGCUAAAAUAUUGGCCUAAAAAUGACUUUGAGUUCGGUAUACCGUUCAUAUGCAUACGAAAUCCCGGCAUGACCAUCAAGAGUGCAAUCUAAAAUCACACACGCACACACACACACAUACACACACACACACGCAGACGACAUGCAGCGUUUUUUUGUUCGGUUACAGAGGAGAGUGGUUGAGUAAAAGCUUCUAAAAAAAAUACAAAAUAAUACACAUACAUAUGUCAUUUUACAAAAAGUCUUUAUUAUUAGUACUAAAUAUAAUAGAAUGCAUAAAACCGACACAUACAUAUAUUAUAUAUAUGUAUGGCUAAAUAGUUCAUAAGUAUUACCUGUUAUGUCAACAGAAAUGAAAAAUGUGGAUUUAGAUUCAAUAUAGUGAUUUAGAAUAUUUACAUACACAUAAAUUCGUAUAUACAUAGAUACACUCGUUAGUAGUAUAUGUACAUAUGACGUGAAAUAAGUGUUUGACGACAAAUUAAUUAUAUUUGUCGUAAUAUUUUGAAAUUGUAUGUAUGCAUUUACAUACAUACAUACGUGUGGUAUGUACUAUAUAUGAUAUAUAGUAUAGUGGCUGAAAUAGUUUGCGCUCAAAUUGUUGAGAAAGUAGCGACUAAUGAAAUGUCCUUAGGUGAAAAGUUACAAAUUAUGUAGUUAUAUUUGGAGUAUGAAAAAUCAAUUGAUGAUUUUUGUGACCAAACGUGAUCUUUACUCAGUUAAUUUCUUUAUUUAUUUAUAAUAAGUUCCUUUUAUAACAUUUUUGUUUAUUAUUUAUUUUCUAUUUACUGCUGGUAGUAUACAAGGCUACCACAAUCAUUGACGUCAUCGCACCAAUUUCGUCAUAUUUACGGCUGACGAGACUUGAUAUUUACAUUAUCAAAAAAAAAAAAAA